AUGACCCAUGACUGCUGGACACGGCUGCUCGCUCUGCACGUGCUCCUGUGCGCGCUGCAAGGCACGCGCCUUGUCCGCGGGGCACGUCAUUACGAAAAUAAAGUGUCCAUGCUGCUUCAUGAGGAGCCAGAGAACCCCAAGUGUUUUGCAGAAGGCAGGAAGGACCUGACAUGCUUCUGGGAGGAGAGGGAGGAGGCCCGCUCUGUGGAGCAAUACUCCUUCAAAUACACGUACCAAAAUGAACGCAGCAGAGUGUGUCCAUUGAAGACACUGCAUCUUACAAGUGCAAGAAAAAUGUAUGUUUGUCAGCUGAACAAAACCCAGAUGUUUGUUCAAAUGGACAUUCAGGUGAACCGCGACGGACGUCCCUUCCACAACCGCAGUCUGCUUAUCGAACUGACCUUUUUAUUGGAUCCUCCCACUAAUGUGACUGUACGCAACGCCGCGCAGUCCGGACAGCUCAACGUCAGCUGGAUUCCUCCUCCUCUGAAGUACAUGGACGACAGCAUGAUGUAUGAGGUUUUCUACAGCCCCAUGAACAGCCACACCGGGCAGGUGGAGGUGGCCCAUGCUUCGUCAGAGCUUGUUCUCAGGGGUCUUCAGCCAGCCACAAAGUACAAGAUCCAAGUGCGUGUGAAGCUGGACGGCAUCAGCUACAGCGGCUACUGGAGCGCCUGGAGUGACCCCGUCUUCAUCGAAACACGUCCUGCAGUUCUCGACCCAUUGAUUGUAUCCCUGAGUGUGAUCAUCUCUUUCAUUCUGCUGGUGUUAUGUCUCACAGUGCUAGUUUCCCAUCGCAGAUAUUUGAGGAAGAAAAUGUGGCCUACUAUUCCAUCGCCAGAAAACAAGUUCCAGGGAUUAUUUACCAUUUAUGGUGUUCGCCGUGGGUCGGGUGUUGGUGACAGGAGCCCUAUAGAUCCAGACUGUGGAGGGCUGUGCAGUGACAGGUGUUGGCUGGGCGGAAGGGAAGAAGAAGGAGAGGAAGGAGCGGCGCCGGGCAUUAUUGCUUUCCUGUCGUCUGCAGGCACUUCAGAGGAUUGGACUUUGGCUGAAGUUUAUGGAGGACAGGACUGA